UAAAUUAAUAAUUUUGGAGGUUAUAAAAAUUGUUAUGAAUUGACUAUGAAAAUGAAAACAUAUUAAUAUUGAAUGAUAUGCACCUUAUUUUGAAUUAAAAUCGAUUAAACAUUUAGAUGGUCUUGCUUGCAUUUAACAGCAUUAAACAUGAUUGCAAAAAUGUGGAUAUUUAAAAGCGCUUACAAUUUUAAUAGUGCAUUUGUCAGGAAUAUUUCCAACCGAUAUUUUAGUAGUAAAACCAGAAACAUUUUAAAAUUAAGUGAUCGUGGCAUGUAUCAAGAUAUAUUUCCGAAUACGUCUGUAUCAGAAAUAUUGAACCUACUCAAUAAGUCUCCACAGUGUGUAUAUGCAGGAUUCGAUCCCACUGCGAACAGUCUUCAUGUGGGGAAUCUACUAGUCAUUAUUAACUUAUUACACUGGCAGCGGGGAGGACAUAAUGCAAUUGCCUUGUUAGGGGGAGCAACAGGACACAUAGGAGACCCAAGUGGUAAGAGUACUGACCGUGUAGCAUUACAAAGCAAUAUUAUUCAAGAAAAUAUUGAAUGUCUGAAAAAGAAUCUGGAAGUUGUUUUUGAAAAUCACAAAAAGUAUAUUUGGUCAGGAGAUUCAAACAAACUUAAACCUUUAAGAGUUGUAAACAAUGAAACUUGGUACAGGAAUAUUGACUCAAUUCAGUUUGUUAGUGAUAUAGGAAGGAAUUUUCGAAUGGGAACAAUGCUCUUAAAACAAAGUGUUCAAAAUAGGAUAAAUUCAGAAGUUGGCAUGAGCUUUACUGAAUUUUCUUAUCAAAUAUUUCAAGCUUACGACUGGCUGUAUUUAUUGAAGGAAUAUGAUUGCAAAUUUCAGAUUGGUGGUAGUGAUCAAAUGGGAAAUAUUAGUGCUGGUCAUGAACUCAUCAGCCGUAUGACAAAACAGAAUGUCUAUGGUUUAACAUUACCAUUAGUAACAACAGAUGAGGGGGAUAAAUUUGGAAAAUCAGCAGGAAAUGCAAUAUGGUUGGAUCCUAACAAAACCAGUCCAUACAGUUUAUAUCAAUUUUUCAUCAGGACCAAGGACUCUGAAGUGGAAAAGCUAUUGAAACUGUUCACAUUCUAUAGUUUAGGAGAAAUUAAAGAUAUAAUGUUUAAGCAUAAAGAGCACCCAGAGCAGAGAUAUCCCCAACAGUGUUUAGCUGAGCAGUUAACUAUUUUAGUUCAUGGCGAGGAAGGACUAGUCAGAGCACGCAAGGCUACAGAAGCAAUCUACAAUAAGGACGUCAACUCUUUAGUCGCACUUAGUUCUACGGAACUAGAGCAAGUGUUUGAUGGAGCGCCCGUGUCUAGGCUGAUGUUAAGACCAGGAAUCACUGUGCUUGAACUUGGCUUGCAAGCUAAAUGUUUUCCCACUGAAAGUGAUGCUUUAAGAAUCAUUCAAGCUGGCGGUUUUUAUAUUAACCAUCAAAAAAUAAAGAAUAUAAACGAAGUGAUUACAGAGUCCGCGCACAUACUACCCAAUCUCAUCUCAUUGCUGCGAGUCGGCAAAAAGAAUUAUUACAUUGUUAAAUGGACUACAUAGUUAUUUUGUAUAUAGGAAUACGAUUGUAAAUAAAAAUUAGCUUAAAA